AUGCCUUUGGAGUUCUGCGCCCUGGACCUGUUCCUUGAUGCCAAGGAGGCGAAGAUCGCAGUCAAGGGCAAGGCUACUGUGCACCUCACAGGCUACUUUGAGGCAGAUGAGUUCGAUGAUGAGGACGAGCUCCCUCCUGCGGCAACGCCGGCAGUUGGCUCACCAAAGGCAAAAGCAGAGCCCAAGUCCUCUCCUAAGGCCGCCCCGAAGGCGUCCCCGAAGGCGUCCCCAAAGGCGUCGCCUAAGGAGGCUGCAAAAGCUAAGGCCGCUCCCAUGGAUGACGAGGAUGAUUUGCUGGAAGAUGAAGAAGGCGAAGAGGAGGAACCUAAGGAAUCAGACCAGGUAGUGAAGCCUUCGCCCAAGCCGAAGGCAUCCCCCAAAAUGGAGCCGAAGAAGGCUUCGCCCAAGGCAGAGCCAAAAAAGGCCAUGCCGGAGGCUGACGAGGAUUCUGAUAUGGAAGAAGAGGAGGAAGAGGAGGGUGCGGAAGAUGACCCCGUUGUCCAGCCUGGCAAGGCCAAGGCGGAUGCCAAGGCGAAGGCUGCCCCUACCGCAGAUGAUGACGAUGAUGAUAUGGAAGAAGAGGAAGAAGAGGAGGAUGACGACGACGAUGAUGAUGUAGACGAGCCACCUGUGCUGCCCUCAAAGGAUGCAUGA